AGCGCUUCCUGGUUACAGUAAAGCUAAGCUAGCGGCUAGUUCGCUUCUCCCGGGUUGUUGGUGUUCCUCCUCUGCUCAGCAGGGCUCCGCCUCAGUAUUUUCCCGGCGGCUUCAGUGACGCUGACAGACGGACGCUCACAUCAGACUUUCACCGUCAAUCCUCCGGGAUGUCUUUCCUGGAGAAACCGGCCCCCGGCAGGCUGCUGCUGGACGACACCGUGCCUCUGACGGCGGUGAUCGAAGCCAGCCAGAACCUGCAGUCCCACACGGAGUACAUCAUUCGAGUCCAGAGGGGCGUGUCCUCAGAGAAUAGCUGGCAGGUGAUUCGGCGCUACAGUGACUUUGAUGUUCUCAACAGCAGCCUGAUGGUAUGUGGCAUCAGUCUCCCUCUUCCUCCAAAGAAGCUAAUAGGUAACAUGGACAGGGAGUUUAUAGCAGAGAGGCAGAGAGGAUUGCAGGCCUAUCUGGACUCUAUUACCCAGCAUCCCCUGAUUUCCAGCUCCCUGACUGUCAAGAAAUUCCUGGACCCCAACAACUACUCUGCCAACUACACAGAGAUCGCUCUGCAGCAGGUCUCCAUGUUCUUCAGGUCGGACCUGAAGUGGGAAGUCCUGGAGCCUCUCAAAGACAUCGGCUGGAGGAUCAGGAAGAAAUACUUCUUAAUCAAAAACAAAGAGCAGCCCAAAGAGAGGUAUCUGCUGAGCUGGGUGGACCUGGGGCCUGAUAAGUUCCUGUCGGACAAAGACCUGCAGUCAGCCAUGAAGCUGCUAACCAGCCUCUCUACUCCAUAUCUGUGUCCGCUGUUGUUCUCCAGCACCAGUGAGUCCUCAGCUCUGCUCAUCCGGCCAUUCAGUGAGAGAGGCUCUCUAAGGGACCACAUCUGUAAGGUGAAGCCCAGAGAGAGUUACCUGAAGAAGUACUGUAACCCUAAGAAGAGUCAGGGUCUCGAACUGCAGCACAUCAAACUGUACGGCCGUCAGAUCCUGGAGGGCCUGAAGCUCCUCCAUGAUGGCGGUAUGUUUUUCGGUCACCUGCACACGUCCAAUGUAAUUGUGGAUGAGGGUGUGUGUCGACUGAUGGACGUAGAGAACGGCAUGCUGGGAGUUCCGUCAGCGCUGCGACCCGCCUUCACUCAACUCAGGAAGAUCAAUACCACAGAGAGCAUCGACGUGUUCUGUUUUGGACAUUUACUGUACGAGAUGACGUACGGCCGACCGCCAGACAGCGUCCCCGUCGAUCAAUACCCCACUGUCCCCUACACCGCUGUAGUGUCAGUGCUGCAGUCCAUCCUGUCCACAGAAGCCUGUAAGAGCGGGAUGCCAACAGUGUCGGCGCUCAUGCAGACACCGCUGUUCAGUGACGUCCUGCUCCAGCACUCAGAAAAACUCCAGAUCAAGGUUCCCAGCAGGCUAAAAGAGGCACUGAAGACGGCGAAGGAGAGUCUGGAGAAGAGGCUGCAGGAGGAGCAGAGAGUGCUCCACCAGCACAGGAGGCUGACCAGAGCUCAGUCUCACCACGGCUCAGAGGAGGAGAGGAAGAGGAGGAAGAUUCUGGCGAGGAAGAAGUCCAGGCAGUCGGCUUAUGAGAAUGAAGAAGACGUCUCUGUAAGAAACAACAACAACUCUGGUUCUGGAGCCAGCUCCCCUCCCACAUGCCCCUCCUCCCCCACCCCCCCAUCCACCACAGGAGCCCAGUCUGCUUGUCCCCCUCCUCCUCCUCCUCCUCCUCCCCCUCCUACGCUGGACUCGUCCUCCUAUCCUCCUCCUCCUCCUCUGUCCUCUGAUGGAGCGGGAGGAGGUCGCACCGCCUUGCUGAGCUCCAUCCAGGCCUUCAGUAAGGGCAAACUGAAGAAGGCAGAGACCGUCGACCGCAGCAAACCCAUCAUCUGACCCCGCCCACCUCCCCCUCCUGUUCUUGACCAGGAAACCGUCAGUACGGCGACAUGACCGACCCUUUGGUUCUGCACUGUGGUCUGGACCAGUUCACGUCGCCACUCCCUGAGAUGUGAAAAGGAAUCACUAAAAAAAAAAAAAAAAAAAAAAAAUCCAAGUACCAUUUUAGUUUUUAUCGCUAUUCCUGCUUUUUUCUGCUUUUAAAUUUUUAAAAUCUGUUGCUGUGGUUGGAGAGAGUAGAGAGCGGGCGGGGGGAAAUAGCUGCCUCAGUUUGCCCUUUAAAAACUCCGGACAGUCGGAGGCACCUGAAGGUUUGAUUUCUCUGACUACUUUAUCACAAGGAGAGCCACCAGGCUGCAUAUAUAACAAGUUGGAAAACUCAAACUGAGUCUGGUGAGCUUUUCUGGUUGAUCUGCUGCUUCAGCGGGCAGCCAGCUCGCUUCUUUUCUGCUUGUAAAAGUGGUGGUUGAACUUUUGAGAUUUGAAGUUUUGGAGCCACUGUGGAUGCUUCAUCCUGCUGGCCGAUGAAGUUGAAUUUCCUGGAUCCAAAACUCUAACAUCAGUGCUGUGACGCUGUCAUGGCGCUACACUGGUCCUGAAACUGGACCAAACUUUCCCUCUUUGAAAUCAUCUCAUAACAUGCAGCCUCCAGGCUCCACGUAGACUGUUUCACUGCAGGAUGACAGUGACGAAGAACAACUUCUGAAAAUCAGUACAGCUGCACAGAAAAAAAAUCAAGUCAUUUUUGUCUAUAAUUACAUCCAAAAAACUGCUUUUCCUAAAACAAGUGAAAGUGCAGAAUAUUUUACCUGAAUCAGCUUCUGUGUUUGAAGUGUUUUAAAAUGUGUCUACAUCUGGAAACAACAAAAAUAAGGCAGGUCGCUGUAUUAGAGGCAGAAAAAUAUAACUGGAUCCAAGAAAAUAUUUACGUGUAAGUUGAUUUUCAGUGGCAACUAGUUGGAAGUGACCUUGCAGAUUUAUCUUCAAACAUUUUAAGAAAGUCAGACCAAUUACAGACAGAAAUAACUUCAUAAGAAGAGUGUCUGAAACUACACAAACCUCGACCACAGUCAGGGUGGGAUCACUCCUGAGAUAAAUUUGACUUUGCUGCAUUUGUGCAAUUAGUUCAUCAGUUAGAGAUUCUUGCAGUGCGCGUGUGUUAAAACCAUGACAUGAAUCCUCUGCGGUGUUCAUUCCAGUUAAUAACAUAUAAACUGUGUUUUGUUCAGUUCUGUAGGCAUGAGGCGUCCUCAUUGGUCAGUUGUAGAUUCAUUCUGAACAACGUUGCAGCCGUUUCAGACCAAACAUGAAAGAGUGAAUAAUUUUCACGAUGUAGAGCACAAAGUUAAGGGCGGCACAUAAUCCUACAAAGCAGCUAACCACGAUGCUACAGACUACAGUUAGUGUGUUUCCAUCCACCUGUUUUUUUGUGCACUUUCAAUUUGUGCAUAAAAAAGCUGAGUGGAAAAUUCAAAAAAAUAUAUAUCUCGAAAAAGCUUUUACACUUAGCUGAGAUGGAAAAGUUGGUUUAUAGAUAAGAACAAAAUAUGAUAAUGUACAAAUGGAAACAGAUUUGGCAAAUUAGUCAUGACAUACUUGAAGCAUGUAAGUUUAAUGUCCAUCAAGGAGACAGUAAACUUCCUCAAAUUAAAGGUUUACUUUGGUAUUUUUCAACCUGGACUCUAUUUUCUAAUAUUUUUGUGUCUAAGAGAAUGAUGGGAACAACAGUUUUUGAAAUUUGUCCAGUACUGAGUGAAACAGGCUGCAGUGUAACCACUCCGGGCAUUUGUCUUCACUUUAUGUCCAAAGUGCUUGUUUUUGCCACUGACAGGCUCAGAUUGUUAUUGUAAGUGUCUGACAAAUUUAUUAAAGGAUCCCUACAGAGAUAGACUUUUUUGUAAAAUAGUAAGAUCAUUUUUUGUUUAAAUGAAAAGUGCUUUUGGCAAACCCACCAGACUCCAUUUUAGUAAUCAGUAAUUUUAGCGUGUAUAGAGCCAACAUGUUUUCACAACUAACUGAAGGAUUAAGGGUUUAUUUCAACCAGAGCAGAGUUUGUGGUUGUUAAAAUAGUGGAAAGACAACCCGAGACGGCUUUUGUGAAUUUUAUUUUAUUUCUGUCGACACUGAAUGAAGUGUGUUUAAAGAUGAUGUAAGUACUGUUUAUUUGAAUUGAGUCUGGUGGGUUUGGUGAGAGCAAAACAAAAACGAUC